CAAGCCUAUCACGUCUAUAUUCGUUUUCCAUGCCGGGAAUGUAUUUCUAUUUACAAAACAAACCUUGAAGGGUCUCUUUUACCGGUUGUUUCUCCGCAGUGAAAUAACGCAUCAAAUUGAAAUUAAGAAGUGACAAACUGAAUCGAUUAUUUUCACGAAAUCUGCAUCGCGUUCCCUUGUACAUAAUGGGCAAGAGGAAGGCCACGAGCAACGCAAACAAUCCGAAUCAGGAUCUGUGUGAUUUUUUGAUGGAUUUAUGCUACAAGAAUGCCACGAUCGAUACACGACGAGAUAUCCGUUUGCAGAACUGGCGGAUUACGAGCGCAACGUCAGCAAGAACGUUUACAAGUACAACGCGUAUCGCAAAGCGGCUGGCACGUUGGGCGCUCUGCCGGAGAGGGUCAAGAGCGGGGACGAGGCGAAGAAGCUACCUGGAGUCGGAGUAAAGAUCGCGAAGAAGAUAGACGAGUUUCUUCAGACUGGGAAGCUGCAAAAGCUGGAAAAUAUCAAGAAGGAUGAAACUAAUGUCGCCAUCAGUCUGCUGGCCCAGGUGUCCGGCAUAGGUCCUGCCAAGGCGAAGGAAUUGGUGGAAGCUGGUAUCAAGACGCUGGAGGAUCUCAGGAAGCAUCAGGACAAGCUCACGCAUCAUCAGAAACUGGGAUUGAAGUACUUCGAUGACUUCGAGAAGAAGAUACCUCGAGCGGAAAUCACGCAGAUAGAGAAGAUACUGAAGAACGCCAUCAAGGAGCUGAACAGCGGUUAUCUCGUAACCAUCUGUGGUAGUUACAGACGCGGCAGGGAGGAGAGUGGAGACAUCGACGUUCUCGUGACACAUCCCGAUUACACGUCGAAAGCGAGAGAUGAGAAGAAGAAGGCAAUCUCGUUGAAGGGAAUUGUCGAGUGUCUUGAGAAGAAGCAGUUGAUCACAGACACGAUAUCUCUUGGAUCUUCCAAAUUCAUGGGAGUGUGUCGUUUAUCAGAGGACAAGAGCAAACCAUACAGACGAUUAGACAUACGUCUUACGUUUCACGAUCAGUAUUACUGCGCCAUACUUUAUUUCACGGGAAGCGAUCUGUUUAACAAGAAUAUGCGAGCGCAUGCAUUGGAAAAGAAAUAUACUUUGAACGAGUACGCGCUGAAGCGUCUCACACCCGAAGGUUGUCCGGGAGAGGCUGAAAAUGUUACAUCCGAAAAGGACGUCUUCAAAUUCCUAGGCUUACCCUAUAAAGAUCCAAAAGACAGAAAUGUAUAAACAAUAAGAUAUUCCUUUUUACAUCGAUAAUUUAGCGCUACACAAAGGUUUUAUUAUUUAUAUUUUAAUAUUUAUAUUAUCGUAAACAAAUUUAUUCUUGUCAAAAUUAAUGUUAGAAAUA